AUGAUGAUAAGAGAGAAAGGGUCUCAUCUUUCAUCUUUCAUCUUUCAGCAAUCAGCAAUCAGCAAUCAGCAGAGAGAGAGUGUUUCGAUCAGUAUGGAUGUGUACGAAGCAACCGGGAUCGUGCUCUCUAGAAUCCAGAGCUUAGACCCAGCAAAUGCCUCUAAGAUCAUGGGUCUUCUCCUCCUUCAGGAUCACGGGGAGAAAGAGAUGAUAAGGUUAGCUUUCGGACCUCAGAACCUCCUUCAUUCUGUCAUUGCCAAGGCCAAGGCAGAGCUUGGUCUCAUGGGCCCCACUCUGAAUCCGCAUUCCUUGCCCUUCCGUUGCGUUUCCGACGAUUUGGAGUCCGACUUAGGUUUCCGAUGGGGACAUUGUUCCUACUUCGUAAGAGGUUUCUGCAACGACGGAUGCAACUGCAAAUUCCCCCACGGCGGAGUUGAUGAAACUUUCCAUGGGGCCUGCUCUCCGGUGAUGGAAAAGUGUAACGAGCUUCUUCGGCCCAACUCUGUUCCGCCGAGACUUGCCCCUCAGUUCACCGGUGGCUCUCGCUUCCCCUUCUCCCCGGAAGGUGCCAACUUGCAGCAGAGUGAAGCCCAAAGAGCUGUUGCGUCGAUGAUGGGCGAUGACUUGCACAAGUUAGCAAGAUGGAGGCCAGAGAGUAUUGAUCUUUCGGCGAUGGCAUCCAGACAGAUCUAUCUGACUUUCCCGGCAGACAGUAUCUUCAGGGAAGAAGAUGUUUCCAACUACUUCAGUACCUAUGGAGCAGUUGAGGACGUGAGGAUACCCAACCAGCAGAAGAGAAUGUUUGGGUUCGUGACCUUCGUGUACUCAGAGACGGUGAAGAGCAUUCUCGCCAAAGGGAACCCUCACUUUGUGUGUGAUUCCAGGGUUCUUGUUAAACCUUACAAGGAGAAAGGCAAGGUCCCUGACAAGUACAGGUCUAAGAUGUCGAUCGCUUCGUGUGUAGAUGGGAGGGCAUUUCAGGACAACAUCCAAGAUCUGCUGUGGAAGAGAAGAUUUGAAGAACGAGUUCUCGAGCUUCCGAGCAGAAGGCUGAUGAACCUGCAACUUCUUGAUGUCAAGAAUCAUCCUAACCACCCUUUCGACCAAAUACUUGUUUCUCCACGGCUAGGUUCUCUUUUGCUCUCUCAUUUAUGUAAAUCAUUCUUGUCUGGAAUGCCUAAUAACCCGAUCGCUCUCUGCAGCAGACAACUCUCUGAGCCCUCUGCCGGGAGAGAAGGGCAGUGGAAGAGAAGGGAGAUGCGAGUAUAUUUACGCUUCGGGCUGUGCAGCUUGGAGGAUAGGCUGCCACAGAGCCCAUUUGCAUCACCGACACAUCAUUUUAUUGAGAAUGAUGCUGCUGAAGACAUUAACUGUUGGGGCACGGCCUCGCCUACUACGGAUAGUACACUCUCAGUCUCUUUCAAGUCUUUCAGCUGCCAAAUGCCGCUGACUGGAAUGUUACCAGGCAGCGAGGGAUCGACCUGUCGCGUUGGGAUCUAA